AUGACAUCCUCUCUUUCCUCCAAAUCCACCCCCAACAUCUCCGCCUCCGACGCCGUCCUCCAUAUCGACAGUGCCACAUACAUCGACGCACCCUCGCAAGACGUCUGGAACGCCUUGAUCGACACCUCCACCUGGCCAUCCUGGAACACUUUUAUCCCCCGAGUUACCAUCCGCGAACAGCCCGACACCCCCGAUGCCUCCGCGGACAGCCUCUCCCCGAUCCUCCAGCAGGGCACCAAGAUGACUUUCCACGUGCACAUGGAUCCCUCGUCGUCCGGACGGCAGAAAGACACCGAUAUCCAGCUGAUGGUGAUCGCGUUCGAGCCGCCGAAUGCCGGCGCCAAGACGCCCGGGCGCAUCGUGUGGGCGAGUGACUCGGCCGCCAAAGGAGGGAUCCCGGCGAUGCUGCUGACGGCGGAGAGAGUGCAUGAGGUGGAGGAGGUGGAGGUUUCCGGGAACGGGGGGGAGGUCCGUCGGGGGACAGAGGUGAGGAAUUGGGAGGCGCAGGUUGGGUAUUUGGGAUAUGUGGUGCGGUGGAUGUAUGGGGCGCAGUUGAAGCAGAACUUUGAGACGUGGAUGCGGGAUCUGAAGGGGAAUGCCAAAGACAAAGAUAAGGCUGGAUGGAAGCAGCUGAAGAAAGCUGAGGAUAUCAGGAUGCAGUGUGACAGUGUGAUUGCCAUUUGCCAAUUGAUCAUGACGUAUUACAGUCCUAGAAAUAGAGACGAUCCGACUGUCAAGACACCCUGA